CGAACAAGACCCGAACUCAAAGGACGAACGUCUUCUUCAACAUCAUCGUGUCUGUCUCAUGUUAUCUUAAAUCAUUGACGAACUCAAUCUCUUUCCUCUUCGUUGUUGUCCACGCUCUUGAUGGAAGUUCAAUCUUCCAUCACGAGCACUUCGAACACUAAUUUUGUCGCCUCAAGGAGACAGCCCUAAUUCCCCAAUUUGAAAACCCGGAAGCCCGAAUUAAGAGUGAAAGAAAGGAGGAAAAGGACGUUCUAGAUGUUUUCUAGGUGGCGGUUUGCCAAAACAGUGGAGGAGAUGGCGUCGAAUUGGGCCCUGAAGAGGCUUUGCAAAUUCUUUUUGAAGAAGAAACUGGGAAAAUUUAUUUCAGGGGAUAUUGAUCUUGACCAGCUUGAUGUUCAGCUUAGUGAUGGCUCAAUUAAGCUCAAUGAUCUCGCGCUUAAUGUUGAUUUUCUUAAUAAGAAGUUUGGUGCUGUGAAUCCGUUAAUAAUAAAAGAAGGGUCUAUCGGCUUGUUGGUAGUUAAAAUGCCCUGGAAUGAUAAAGGUUGUCAGGUUGAGGUUGAUGAACUUGAGAUAGUGCUUGCUCCCUGUCCGGAUAAAUAUGAAUUUGGGGCUGGAGAUGAAAGUUGUAGUACUAGUCAAGAUGGUAGUCAUAUUAUGCAUUGGGAUUCGGGAAAGUUUGGGCAUGAUAUGCGGGAGAAUAUUUCCAAACCUUCUUCUGGCGAUGUUCAUGAAGGUGUUAAGAUAAUCGCCAAGAUGGUUAAGUGGUUUCUUACAAGCUUCAAUGUUAGGAUAAAGAAUUUGAUUGUUGCAUAUGAUCCGUGUUUAGAGAGGGAUGAAAACAUGGUAGGGUCCAAUGCUACUUUGGUUUUUCGAAUAUCAGAAAUAGAAUGUGGAACUUGUAUUGCUGAAGAUGCCAGCUUGAAUAGUGAUUCAAAUGCUGAGAACUUUCUUGGAAUUAGUCAUCUUAUAAACUUUGUAAAAUUUCAAGGAGCAGUUCUUGAACUUCUUUGUAUGGACAAUGUUGAACAACAAACAGGUUCUUCAAGUACAUCAGGCAUGGCCUUUACUGAUGUAGUUUCUUAUUCUUCAAGAACACCUAUCAUGACAUGGAAAAGAGGUGGAUUUUCAGGGAAUAUAAAAUUGAGUAUACCAUGGAAGAAUGGUUCAUUAGACAUUCGCAAGGUGGAUGUAGAUGUUUCUAUUGAUCCCAUAGAAUUAAAAUUUCAGCCAAGCACAAUUAAAUGGUUCUUAGUUUCAUGGGAAACCUAUAAGAAGUUUGAUAAGGACUGGAGCUCUCAUAUGAGUCACAAGUCAUCAGACUCAGUCUACUUUAAUGCAAGUUCUCAUUUCUGCUCAUCACAAAGCAUUUCUUCUCUUGUUGCCGCUGAUAAGAUGAUACCGAAUCAUGGUAUCUAUUCCACCAAUUCAUCCUCUUUGAAUGGACAAGAUUCUGUUACUGAAACUAUUCUACCUGGCUCACGUCUUAUACUGGAUUGGGUGCCUCAUCCUGUCAACAAAAUCCAGAAAGAUGGUAUUGGAGAAGUUGAUUUAGGGGCAAGUGUGAACCAAUUUUUUGAAUGCUUUGAUGGAAUGAGAAAUUCUCAAUCAGCUUUAGGAGGCAGUGGGAUGUGGAACUGGACUUGCUCUGUGUUCACUGCUAUAACUGCUGCAUCAAAUCUUGCUUCUGGGACUUUGCAGAUUCCUUCUGAACAACAGCAUGUCCAAACCAAUCUUAAAGCAGUUUUUGCUGGAAUUUCUUUUGCAUUCUCCUUUUAUGAUGAAGAUGAGAAGCAUUCAUAUGGUGCAAAAGGUGAUCAGAUAAAUGUUGAGUCACAGAUUCAUUAUCUGGGUGCAGAAUGCAAAGACAUUUCUCUUGUUGUGCAGGUUUGUCCUCAAGAAACAAGGUUUGAUGGAACAGUGAAGAAAAUAGAGGUUGCCGACUACUUAAGGGAGGAUAUCAAAUAUAUUGACAGUCAAACUGUUUCAGUUCAACAUCUGCAAACCGAAGUUCUAGGUGCUCUACCUACAUUUGCCCCAUAUGCCAAAGUUAAUGAUAUGGAUGAAUCUAUUGGGAUGAUUGCUGCGGACUUUCUAUUUGGGAAUAAAGAUGUAGUUAAAGUCUCAUUGCUUAGGACUUCAGGUAUCACUCAUUGCCAAUGCACUACGAGUACAAACCCAUCACAUGCCAGUUUAGUGGGUUCAACAUUAUUUUCGUUGAAAUUGCCUCCUUUCAUUUUUUGGGUGAACUUCCAUUUGAUAAAUGUUUUAUGGGAUCUUUAUAGCGAAGUUGUUAGCUCUAUUGAGAUGAGUAACAGAAAGGAUAGGUUGUAUGAGGUGGUUGAUGAGAAACAUAGGUCUUCUCAUGGGGAUGUGAAAGAAGGCUCUUGUCCUCCUGUCACUACCCUGUCUUCAACAGAAAGUUUUCGCGGGAAUAUAUCAGUCCUUGAUGCUAGGGUAAUACUGUGCUUUCCUUUCAAUGGCGGCAAAGAGAUUGGAGGCUACUGUUCCUGGAAUCAGUUUAUUGCUCUUGAUUUUUCUUUGCCAUCAACUUUUAACAAGGGAUUAGUUCAAUACCCUAGUGCAAAUUCAGGGGGGACCUCUCAGAAAAGAUUUUCUUCAACAGCCAUACGUUCUUUGAACUUGAAUAUUGGCAAUCUUGAUAUUUACAUGGUUAGUUGUAGCUGUAAAGACAAUGUUGGAUUUAACUCCUCCAGUACCCUGAGGACAAAAAUGAUUGCUCAGAACAUUUUAUCUGUCUGCAAGGGAACCAGGUGCCUUUCUGUCAUCAGCAUGGUUUGGCAAGAUGGUCCAGUGACUGGUCAUUGGAUAGCAGAGAGAGCCAAGUUCUUAGCUACUUUUGAGCAACACAGGAGCAGAAAUAAAUUCAGGGGAAAUGGUUGCGAGUUUGCAACUGUAAAUACUCUGAAAGAUCUGGAAGAUGUAUAUUCUCAAACCCGACAAGAGAUAGUCUUGAGCUCUACCUUUUUCUUGCAUGUUAGUGUAUCUCCAGUUACUAUCAAUCUUGACAGAUCUCAAUACAGUGGCUUACAUGAGCUCUUAAACCAGAUAAUUAGUGGGUUAUCAUGUGUGGCCCAUGACAAAAUUGGUAGCACUGAAGAAUCUUCUGCUUGCCAAACAUCAGUAGAUGUGGAGUGUGAUUCUGUAGAAUUUUUUAUUAGACCAGAUAUUAAGGAUAAUGUAAAAGGCUCUGUUCAAAGUGAACUUCCUGGAUCUUGGAAUUCUUUAAAACUGAGAAUUCAGAAGUUCAAUAUGCUUUCAGUUUCAAAUAUUGGAGGCAUUAAGGAUGCUAGUUUUUUUUGGUUGGCCCAUAGUGAAGGUUCGUUGUGGGGUUCUGUGACUGGAGUGCCAAGUCAAGAUCUUCUUCUAAUCUCAUGUAAUGAUUCUUCAAUGAAGCGUGGUGAUGGAGGAGGUUCAAAUGCACUAUCUUCUAGGUUAGCUGGUUCUGAUAUUAUAUACUUGCUAGACGCAGAGGCCUCCCGGGGCUUUACAUCUGUUACUGUCAGAGGCAGCACAAUUGUGGCAGUUGGUGGUCGCUUAGAUUGGUUGGAUGCAAUAAUUUCAUUUUUUAGUUUGCCGUCUCUUGAAAUUGAAGAAGCAGGUGAAAAUAGUUUGCAAAAGGAGGAUUUAACUGCUCCUUCCAAAGCUUCUUUUGUUCUUAAUCUGAUUGAUGUAGGUUUGAGUUAUGAGCCCUACUUUGUAAAUUUGAUGGUUGACAGUAAAGCUCUUGAUUCUAAGUCGUGUUCUACAAAAUUUAAUGAAGAACCAAACAUCCAAUAUGUUGCUUGUUUGUUAGCUGCUUCAUCAUUUGUUCUUUCGAACACAACUGUGGUGAAUUCCAUGGAUAAUGACUACAGAAUUAGAGUGCAAGAUCUAGGUCUUCUCCUUUGUGAAGUGUCAGAACCUGAGAAACUUGGUGGCACUUACAGUACACAGUAUCUUCACGAGAUUGGUUAUGUUAAAGUUGCCCAAGAAGCCCUCCUUGAAGCAGUUUUAAGAACUAACAGCCACAACAGCCUUCUCUGGGAGUUGGAAUGUUCAAAAUCUCACAUUAAGGUGGAUACUUGCCAUGACACCACUUCUGGUCUGAUACAGUUAGCUGCUCAACUUCAACAACUUUUUGCCCCUGAUAUGGAGGAGUCUUUUGUACAUUUGCAAAAUCGGUACAAUGGCGUGCAACAGGCAAAAGAGGGAAAUGAUUUCACCGAUGAGAAUAGGAUAUUAAAUAGUGAUUGUGCACUGCCGACUUCUCAAAUGAAUAUUUUAUCUGCAGAUGCAAAAACUAAAUCUGGUUUGGCAGGUUUGAUGGAUGAGAUAUCUGAAGAUGCAUUUGAUUUAAAUGGGAAUCAGACCUGCCAAUUUGAUUGUACUGGGUCACAAUUUCCUAUAAUACUUGAUGACGCUCUCCUUGGAGAGGUGCAUAGCUUAAGUGUUGAAACACCAGAGAACAUCUCCUCUGAUCUGCCUAUUAAUGGAUCAACUUUAGGAUUAGAAAGUGGUCAAACCUCUUCUCUGCAAACUGGUCACGUCCCUGAAUUUAUAGAAAGUUACUGUUUGGUUGACUUAUGCUCCCUGUCAGAAUUAUCUUUAGGCAGACAGUCAUCACCUCAGAAUUUCAAAUGCAGACCCAGAAAUGUGAGGGAUGAAGAUCUUGGGAAAGGAAAUUGUGGUUGGUAUGAUGAUUCCCAUUUUAGAAUUGUGGAAAAUCACUUGUCAGAAGCAAGUGUGCAAACUACUGUGAAGCAAAGUUUAGAAGGCAAGCUUUCAGCUUUUGAAUCUGCAGGAUCUGAUGAUUUUGGGAAGGCCUUGGGACGUGUGCUUUUUAAGAACAUUAAUAUCUCAUGGAGACUUUAUGCCGGUUCUGACUGGCAUGAAUCUAGAAAAAAAGGCGAGGACACCACAAGUACGCUUGGAAGGGAUAUGACUGUAUGUUUAGAGCUUAUGUUGUCUGGGAUGCAAUUUCAAUAUGACAUUUUCCCAGUUGGUGGAAUGUCUGUGUCAAAACUUUCUCUUUCAAUCCAAGAUUUCCAUCUGUAUGACAAGAGCAAAGAUGCACCUUGGAAGCUGGUGUUGGGAUAUUAUGAAUCAAAAGAUCAUCCUCGAGAAUUUGCUUCAAAAGCAUUCAGGCUGGACUUAGAAGCUGUCAGGCCGAAUCCUCUAACUCCACUUGAAGAGUACAGAUUGCGCGUUGCUAUCCUUCCAAUGUUGUUGCAUCUUCAUCAACGCCAGCUUGAUUUUCUCAUUGAUUUUUUUCAAGCAAAAAGUGGAUCGAUUGAGAAGUCCGCAGCUUGUCAUAAGGAUUCAUGUGAUUCAAGUUUGUUGGCCACAAAGAGGAGAAAUCUUGCUGGGCAGACAAUUGUAGAUGAAGCAUUGCUUCCUUAUUUUCAGAAAUUUGAUAUAUGGCCUAUACUAGUUAGAGUUGAUUACAGUCCUUGCCGGGUGGAUCUAGCAGCACUAAGUGGUGGAAAGUAUGUAGAACUUGUGAAUCUUGUACCCUGGAAGGGGGUUGAGCUGCAGCUUAAGCAUGUUCACGCAGUUGGCAUCUACGGUUGGGGAAGUGUGUGUGAGACAAUUCUAGGGGAGUGGUUGGAAGAAAUAUCCCAAAAUCAGAUUCAUAAAUUGUUGCGAGGUCUGCCCCCUGUUCGGUCAUUGGUUGCUGUUGGUUCUGGUGCUGCAAAACUGGUUUCAUUGCCUGUUGAGAACUACAGGAAAGAUAAGAGGGUACUCAAAGGAAUACAAAGAGGUACUAUUGCAUUUCUUAGAAGUAUAUCACUUGAAGCUGUAGGACUGGGGGUUCAUUUGGCAGCUGGGGCUCAUGACAUUUUGCUUCAAGCUGAAUGUAUUCUUACAAACAUUCCUCCUUCUGUAUCAUUGCCUGCACAGGACAAGACAAAGACAAAUGUAAGAUGUAAUCAGCCAAAAGAUGCCCACCAAGGAAUCCAGCAGGCCUAUGAGAGUUUCAGCGAUGGCCUGGGGAGAUCUGCUUCUGCUUUAAUUCAACAACCAUUGAAAAAGUACCAGCGAGGAGCCAGUGCUGGAUCUGCUUUGGCAACUGCUGUACGGGGAGUUCCUGCGGCUGCUCUAGCUCCAGCUUCUGCUUGUGCAGGUGCUGUACACUAUGCUCUUCUUGGCCUCAGGAAUAGCCUUGAUCCUGAGCACAAAAAGGAAUCGAUGGAAAAAUAUUUGGGUCCUACUCAGCCAAGGGAACAGAAUUGAUGGUGCAUUCGAUAAUCAGGAUAACAUCAAUCUCAUCGCUCUACAAUUCUUUGCACCCUCUGUGUGAUCUUAAUGUUGUGUUAUCCAUCGCAUGCCUGAUCAAACAUCUCCCAAUUUCCCAUCAGCUAAUGGUAAUUAUUGGAGAGAUUUCUGUCCAAGUGUGGUAGACUCUCCAUUAAGCACGUGUACAGAGAAUGAGUGAGAACCAUCGAUAGAUUCUUUUCCGGUCGACAUAAGUGAGGAUGCAAUUUUUGUACAAAAUGUAAAUACAUCUGCUGCUGCUGCUUAUAAAAUUUAUACCAGAUAGGCUUGUUAUAUGAUUAUAGUACAAUUGUAUAGCUAGUUGUAAAGUUUUAUUCUUUUAAAGCCUUAGUAACGAUGUAACUGUAUUAUCGGUUUCCUGUGUAUAGCUUACAAUCUCAAUUUUCUAUAUGAAAUGUUUGAUUAUUUGUAUCA